AUGGAUACACAAUCAGAAACUAUUACUUUAGAGUUAUGGGUCUUUUGGUUUGACGAUCGACAUACAGGUCUCAUCGAUGCAAACUUAUUAUUACGGGAACUAGAUGAACUUCGCGUUGGGUCAUUUACUUGGGAAAACGUGUCUUCCAAAAAUACUCAUCGGUCUAAUGCUUGUACCUUGGUUACUGUUGUGAUGGAAUAUAAGCUAUUUAUCAAAGCUAUUCGGAACUUGAUUCUACCAUACAUGUUGAAAAAAGAUGCUUUACCAUUGGGAGAAUUCUUUGUAUUCCCACCUUCAUACCUAGAACCUGCUGUUGGAGAAGAUUGUGAUACAAAUCCAUCGUCUUUACUGUGCUGUACAUACAAUAUUUAUUUAGCAUCGACCAAUCUCGUUUUUCAACCUAAUACGCGUAGAAUUCGAUUACGACCUUUGACAUCUUCUGAUUUAAAUUCCAAAGCAAAAGUUCUGCUAAGUCCAACCGGAGAACAAGCUCUUCUUGAUCCAUCUCGACGACAUACAAUAACACAUUCAUAUGAAGAUCGGCUAUUGAAACAAUGGGCAGCAUUAUUACAAUUACCUAUAUCUCAACUGAUAUCUAAUAAUAUGCCAUCUUUGGUUCUUAUCUGUAUGUCUUAUGGUGAAAAGGUAUAUUAUCCUAGUCGACUUGUCUUUAUGAUUACUCCAACAAGACAAUCUCCAAGUGCACUAGCUGGAAUGAAUGGAACAAUGGGAUAUAAUCAUGGUUUGACAGAGGAUAUUGCUCAAAAAUGGAAUCGAGAAAUGUGGUUGGAACAAGUAUUGGCGAAUCAGGCGGAUAAAUCUAGAUAUAGGGUGGACUAUUGGACAUAUACAAAUCCUCGAUUACAUACAACAUUAGCAGCCUUAGAUUCCUUAUCAACAAGUACUUUGAAUACACCAAAUUCGACGGAUGCAAAUUCUCCUCUAAUGAUUCAAGGUGGUGUAUUGAUCAAGGCAUUAAGUGAACCUGUACUUUCAAGUCCUUUGAUGGCAUCCAAAUCAGUUGCUACUCCCUCAAGUCCCUUACCGAGAGAUGAUGAUACUACUGCUUCGAUGAUGAUGACACCACAACAACAUCAUCAGCAAGAUACACUCAUCAUGCCUCCUACAAAUAAUAUGAUGCAAGCACAUUCUCAACAACAAUCUUCAUAUACUCACUCUACACCUACUCACAUGAUGUCAAAUGCCAAUUAUACCUCACCUCUUCAAAUGUCUUAUACCGCAUCGCCACAACAACCAGUACCCGGACAACAACCUAUGUAUGACCAACAGCAACAAUUACAAUUACAGCAACAACAACAACAACAGUUACAACAACAACAAUUACAACAACAGCAUCAACAACCACAACAACAUAUAAAAUCAGGUCAAAAUUUAGCGAUAAAUGAUGGAAUGAAUGGUGGUAGCACAAUGGAUAUGAAUUCUAUAGAUGUCUUGGACACAAUGGUUUAUGAUAUGUCAACUCCUUGGGGUGGUGAUGGUGGUCUUGAUAAUUUGGAAUUAGAUCUUGAUGUUACAGAAGAGGAUUUUAACUUUUUUGAAUCGGAACCAGCAAAACCAACCACUACAACAACAACCAAUAUGCCAACAGAAACAGCUAUGGCCGAUAUUCAAUCUCUUGAUUUUUUCCAAGUCAACCCUGAAGAUUCCUUACAAACAAAUGCAGUAUUGGAUUCCCUCGAUUUUCCACAAACGGAUCCGGUAUCUACAACAGACACAACUACUGGUUUGGAUGAAUUGAUGACUAGUGCUAAUUAUGACGGUAUGAUACUUGAUACUCCAAAACAAGAAAUAAAUCAGUCUGUAGAUAUGGUGGUGGAUUCUUCACCAAUGCCAAUGGAUGGAACAAAUACUAUAGUGAAACAGGAACCGCAAGAUGAAGGCAAGAUAAGCAAACAACGACUGGUACCUCCUUCUUUUGCACCACUUUCAUUAUCCACAAUUGUCAAUGAUGCCAAAUAUAUGGAAGGCGGAAAAUUCACAUAUGUACCAGAGGAUGACGAUAUGACGACUACCUUACGAAAACAAAAGGAUCGCACUUAUCGCCCUGAUUAUGUACCUAUUAUCAAGAAAAAACGGAACAAGAAAAAGGUGGAUGAUGAACAGGAUAUUACUCGAUCAACAGUGACAGGAAAGAAUCAAACAAUGGAAAAAUCAUCAACACCAACUCAUUUAUUGGAUAAGGAUGGUGACCAUGACAUGAUGAACACAACUCUCAGCAACAACAUCGAUACUAUCAGUGACAGCAAUAGUAUCAGUAGUAGCUCUGAUUCUAGCGAUAGCGGCAACAUGGAUGACGGGAUUUCGACAAGUGAUAACGGUAGUAGGGCAAUGGAAAUGGAUUAUGCUGAUGAUGACGUUGAUGAUGAUGACGAUGGGUUGUGGCUGGAAAAACUAGGUAAAGCACGAACGAUUUAUUUACAUCGAUUGGUGGGUGAUGUCAAGGUGGUCCAUGGCGGAAAACGAAGAUAUCUUUUGGAUCGAUUGCAUUUGGAUUAUGAUACACCAUUUGCGACUACUGUGACGCCCGGAUUGGUUCGUCCUGAUCGUUACCAUGAAGAAGAUGAUCGACCAUUACAUUACCUUUGUCAACAAGCAGUUCUUGGUGGAUAUCCCUUUACUGGUGGUUUGGCUGAAAUAUCGACGAAUGGUGGGGAAGUUGCUUUGGGUGAAUCGACUCGUAUAAUGAUUGCUCGUCGACGUGAUUUGAUAACUGUAACUGAUGAACCUCUUCCUCUGAGUGUGACUGAUUUUACGAGCUCUGUCAGUGUUAAUGGACCUUUGAAUGUGCAACAAUACUAUGAAUUGUCAGAAUCCAAUCAAAUUCAUUCCAAAUAUGGCAAAUAUCAAGUUAAGAAACGGCGACCGGCAGAACCUAACUUUGACACAUUACACUCUCCUGAUAUUGUGGUUAGUAGACAUGAUGAAUUUAUUGAGGGAUCACCAAAAAUGAUAGAUUUUUGGGAAAAGUUGCGUCUGGAACCUUACUCUGCCAAAAAGAAUAUCAGUUAUUUUGCUGUGUGCCCUAACAAUGACGAACUGGAAUCUGCUGUGCAAGUAUUCUUUAAAGGGUUAUCCACGGUUUAUGAAGCAUGUUGUCUUGGUGCCCAUCAUCCUGGUCAUAUUGGUCCUUAUCGUCGUGGUACGGUGCCUGUGACACUUUUGCCUGAAGAACAAGGACAAUCAAAACGGGAACGACAAUUGAAAAGUUAUAUGGCGACAUGUGAACAACUUGGUACAUCGCUUGGUGGUGUGAUGGCUGAAAAUGUAUAUAUUGUGAUUUAUAUGGUCAAUCCUUAUCCUCAUUUAUCAUCCCACCUUGAUCUCAGUAAAUGUUAUGAUCGAUUGAUGAACGCCUUUGAACAAGCACGAUUACAACACACAAAUACCUCUAUCAUCUCUGGAACUACAGCCACUUCAAGACUUCCUUCGGAAAAGACUCGAGCAAGAUUGGUGAUGCAACUAGUACCUAUAGAACAUAUUGUGCGUUGUACUGAUUUUGGAAGUUAUACCAAGAAUGGUCUUAAGGAAAUAGCAUUCUCGGUUUACAGCAAAUGUCCUACGAUUGUCAACAAUCAUGUCAAGAUCAAUGUAGAAGAAGAAAUAACAACACCCAAUACUGCUGAAAUAUAUGCGCCACCGUUUGUAUUGACGAAACAAAUUCCAGAAAAUAUCACUUACUCUUUAACGCCUUCACUCAAUGCACCUGUUCUUCUGGAUCAAGAUGCGACACUUCAUCUAGCAUAUGGCUAUAGUUUGGAUCGUCGAUGGAUGGUGGUAGUUUGGACAGAUCAUCGUGGUGAACUUGUUGAAUUUGCAGUAUUACGCGCAUCUGCUCGACAAUCAGCUCCAUUUGUGACAGUGUUUGAAGAAGCUUGGAAACGUACAUUGGAAAUUGCUGGUCAAACUGAUUUUAUGUGGACUUUUGUUAUUGUCAAGAUGGGAUUGAUGUUUGAAAAUGAAUUACAAGCAUGGAUUCAUGUUCUUCCUGAAAAUGAAAAAACAGCUGUGAUCAGUAUGGAUAUGGAAUCAUCACUACAUGUAGAUGCAUUGGUUGGACAAGAAGAACCUAUACCUUAUUUUGCUCCGGAUACACCACAAACACCCCAAACACCGAAUGUUGGACCUAAUCAUGUCUCUACCCCACCUCCUACACCACAACAAGCAUCAUCUUCUUCACCUGGUAACAAAAACAACAUUAGUUCUAUGGAUAUGGUGGAUACGACGACAAACACGACUAUGACCAAGAUCUUACUUCUUAAUCAUCGAGUGGCCUAUUCACGAAAACGACAACGGGUAUCGGAAGGAGUGACAUUGAUGGAUGCCAUCUCUGAUCCUGAAAGUUGGAUAUUACCUUUGGCAAGUGGUUACUUGGUACAACUUCCCAAGCAAGGGUCACCUACAGCAGCAAGUGAAGAACAAUUUGGACGGGCGCCUUGUGUGGUAGAAUUACAUCUGAUAUACAAUCAAACACAACAUUCAUCAUACACCACUUUACGGGAUAUCAUCAAACAGUAUUAUGCCUUAUCUUAUGUUAAUAUCAUUCCCUCUUCUUACAAUUGUUUACCUUUACAUGUUGUUUUGGCUGAUCGAUUAUGGCGUUUACUUUUGGUCGUAGAUUACUAG